AUGGGAUUUGACGGGGUCCACUGCAAUCAUCUAAAGGUGAAGAAGCAACGGGUCUUGGGACUGGAGCUGAGGAGCGCAGUGCAAGGAGAAGCCAAAACUGCCGAGCCGCCGACGUUGCGGAGUGGAGAGUCGCGCCGAGACUUCCCGUCGCUCCCAGAGCUGCCACCGCUCCCCACAGCCGCGCACUACAGGAGCCAGGCCCGCUGGACCGGGAAGAGAACGGACAUGCUCCCGGAGAUCGCUGCCGCCGUGGGCUUCCUCUCCAGCCUCCUGAGGAGCCGGGGCUGCGUGAGCGAGCAGCGGCUUCAGGUUUUCGGCAGGGCUCUCCAGGAGGCACUCACAGAGCACUAUGAACACCAUUGGUUUCCUGAGAAGCCAUCCAAGGGCUCUGGCUACCGCUGCAUCCGCAUCAACCACAAGAUGGACCCUAUCAUCAGCAAGGUGGCCAGCCAGAUCGGACUCAGCCAGCCCCAGUUGCACCAGCUGCUGCCCAGUGAGCUGACCCUGUGGGUGGACCCCUACGAGGUGUCCUAUCGCAUCGGGGAGAAUGGCUCCAUCUGCAUCCUGUAUGAGAAGGCCCCAGUGGCCGCCUCCUAUGGGCUUCUCACCUGCAAGAACCAAAUGAUGCUGGGCAGGAGCAGCCCCUCAAAGAACUACAUCAUGGCAGUCUCCAGUUAGACCCCCUGCCAGCCCUCUCCGGCAUUCUACUGUACUCAUUCUGCUGUGACAACAGGACACUGCAUACCUCAACCUGGUGAACAGUAUUUUAAAUGAAAAGCUAUAUAUAUAUAUAUAUAUAUAUACACACAUAUAUAUAUAUAUAUUUUUUUAAGAAAAUGGGAGGAAAAAACCAAAAGAUUUUUUUAAGAAAAUCCUUAAGGGGAGCUGCUUGAAAGCGGCCUCCCCAGGUGCCUUUUUGGAGAGAACUGUUGUGCACUUGAGUCUGGGAACCAGUGUCUGCCUAUGGGAGGGGGUCGUGGCUGGGGGUGUGCCUGGCCAAGGUGAGGUGGGAGGAGCUUGGCUAGCACCCUAGGAGGCUGUGAGAAGGAGCAAGCAAGUUUAGCAACUGUGAAUGAGAGGUUAGGAUCUGCCCUGGUCGGGGAGAAAGGCUGAGUUCACAGCUCUCACUCUCCCCACUGGGACACCUGCAUCCCUGGCUUGUCUUACUCAGGGCGUUCAAGCCUGGACUUAACUCUUACUGUGCUGCCUAAUCGUCUCUCUUAUUUUUCUGAUGAGAUCCUGGGCAGAGUGAAAAGGUCUCUCCUGGUUCCUCCUGUCCUAAGCAGCUUUUCUUGAAAUCAUGAUUUGUUUCUACUUCUAUCCUCAGGGGCCUGUAGACGUCACUUCCCAGCUGGGACUCUCAAGCUUUUUGUUUUGUGGGGUCUGGAGGGAGCGGGGUGGAGGUGGUUGGGGUUGGGACAGUGGGCACUCCACACAAAACCUUUGCUUCGUUAUUUGCUGCUCUGUGAGUAAGUGUGGCGAACAACUUGAGAAUGAUUUGCAAUGGAAUUUUAGGACCCAAAGAAUAUCCCCUGGGGAUGUUUUUUUGGCCAAAACCCUUCUUUUUGGAACCAUAUGAAAGUCCUGAUGUUGCUGUCAUUAUCUCUUUGCGAGGCAGCUCAAAAGCUGCAGGGCACUCAGGUCUUUUAUUACUGGCUUCUUUUUAAAAGCACAACACUCCUCUCUAACUCUCCCUGCUCCGCUCCUCUUCUGGCUAGGUCAGGGAGCUACCCUGUUUUCUAGGACAAGAGUUCUCAGUCACUGUGCAAUAUGACCUCCUGGGUCUCAGGCGGGUCGGAAGAAAACUGGCUCUAGGAGCCUCCUGUGCCCUGGUGGUCUUGGGGAACGAACUCUCCCUCUGUCCUUGGGACUCUGGCUGGCUGAGCAGCCUUGCGGGUGUUCCUUGGCCGAAGGGGAAAAUGCCCUAAGUUCUCCAGGACUGCUUGGUGUUCUUGUAGGGCUGACACUAAAAGCCAAACCUUGGGCAUUGCUUUUUCUCCCUGGUGCUCAGAGCCCUGUGGGAGAGGUUGUCGUCUCUCUCGGUACAAUCCAAGUUUGUCUCGAGUUGUGCAAUAUUUCCUGGAGAAAAAUGGGAAACUACACUGGAAACAAAUCCCCUUUCUUAGGUUUCUCAGUGACAUUAGUGAGGGGUCCUCAGAAGGCUGCCAGUUUCCCAAACCCAAAUCACCUUGAGAAGGAUGCAGCUAGAGCACAGUCAGCCUGGCUGCCCUUCUACUGUUGCGCUGAGUGAGGAACCUUCCUCCAGCACCACCCCACCCCCUCCAGACCACUUCCUCGAUUUCUGAACUGCUCAAUUCUGACUACAGGUGCUAUUUACCAAACACUCUACUCAUUCCUGCCAGUUCUGCCUCCUUUUCCAUUCUCCAGAUUCCCAGCUGCCUUCCCAGACCCUGCUUCCAGUCUUUAUUACUUUCAAGUUAACUUCGGGCCCACAGACCCGAGCUCGGUUUCUGGCCUGUGAGUUGAAACAAAGCUGUGAAUCGCUGCGGAGCAUCCUGUUGCAUCUUGUCUGCAAACAGAUCCCUGCCUUUUUAGAAAUGACCUCAUGGUCUCAUGCCUAAUAUUUUCUCUCUUGUCUUCUUUUUAAUGUUCACUUUAAACAUAAAACACCCAGAACUGGACUGUUGAGCAGGACUGUCUCUCCUAUUAAGUAAAAAUAAAUAAUAGUAGUACGUUUGUAAGCUAUUAAAAGACAAAGGUUACUAAUUGUGUAAUAGUGUAUUUAUGUAGAAGAAUGUACAGCUUUAUGGACAAAUGUAUACUUUUUUGUUUCUUUAAUAAAAAUGUAGUGGAUGAAGUCUUAUGUAGAGAA